AUGGAUCAUGACAUUAGAUUCAAAGUAAUGGUACGGCGGCCUCUCGUUACUCGUCACUUGGUCCAAUACCACGUCAACCAGGGCUCGGAUGAAAUUGCGCCUCAGUACUCUGUCCAUCGCCAGCUUCAGUGGAAAAUACUCAAUGAUCUCGAUUCCAACACUAAGGCUCGCCAGCAGACUUUCGAUUACACUGUUGCAAUCAUACAUACGUCAUUUCCUAGGCUCUCAGACUUCAUGAUCCCUAUGUUCGAUGAGUGGAACUCUUAUCAACGAUCCAUCGCUCAUGUUCAUCGGCUUGCGCAGGUUUUUCACCGUUCAUCUCAAAGCACUGUUCCACUCGAGGGCAGUAUUGAAUUUGCAGAGCUCUUGAUCAGUGCUGGGAAUUACCUUUACGAAGUGAGAAUCAUGAAGUCUGGUAUCAGCAUAGUAAAAGCCGCCACACAAGUGUGCGAAAAGCUGCUUGCGAGGUAUUCAUCUCCAACAAUCAUCGCCAACUCGCAAAAUCGAAAUCACAAAGCGGAUAUAAUGCAACUUCGCGCAACCGCUCUUACUUUACUAUGGGGUUUCUAUUUUCGGACUGGAAUUGCUUCGAGGAAAGAUGCUCAAGAAGCAAUUUCUGCGGUUGUUCGCCUCCGAGAGGACCAUGCCAAGCUUCCUCUUUCUGAGGAAAGGCGAAUCGUUAGUCAAGCCUUGUUGUCAAACGCGUAA